AUGUAUCGGAUAGCAAGACAUCUGAGGCCUUCAAUUGCUAGAUUACAACAAAGCCAGACACCCAUUGUUCAAUGGCGAUACUAUUCUGUUCCCCCGCGGGAACUCAAACUCGAAGGCGAACGAUUGAUAUAUUCCAAACUUCAUGAACGUUUCAAUCCAUCGCGGUUACAGGUACAAGACGUAUCAGGCGGUUGUGGCACGUUCUACGCGAUAACAAUCGCAAGCAAAGCAUUCGCAGACAUUCCUAUGGUGCAGCAACACCGAUUAGUAAACAAAACAUUAAAGGAGGAGAUUGAAGGAAUCCAUGGUUUACAGGUAAGUUUGAUGUACCUGUGUCGUUGGUGA